AUGAAUACCCAAUAUGACAUAUUGCUUCUUGUGAUAUUUGUGCUAUCAACUUUGAUAAAUUCUAGUGGAGCCUUCGGAUGGUAUGACGGGUACAAAUAUAAUAUAUUUUCAAAGCCACAAACUUCUGAGAAUACAGACGCAGACUCUCCAGCAAUCUUAUCACUAUGGUCCAAAUACCAUUUUCUAAGACAUCGCCGAGCAAGUGUAGAUGGCAAGAUAUUUAGGCCAUCUGGAUUAUAUAUGAAAAGAUUUCUGCAUUAUUCUCCUUUAAUUUUUAUGAAGAACAAAAACACAAAAUCCAGCACAUCAAAGUUAAAAACUAUUCGGAGAAAACAUGAGAAAAAUGUGUAUAGACCCUUCAAUGCAUUCGGUAUCUUCAUAAACACUUUUAAGCCAUCAAAAACGGGAUCCAUUGAAAAAGAUCCAGAUUUUUCUGAAAGCGUACCAGAAGUAGAAACAGCUGACAACUUUGACCUACAAAGACAAGAGAUACCUUCAUUGGAGGAUUCUUUAUUAAGUGAACAAUCUAGAGUAGUUCCGAAUCUGUCCGAAAUUGAAAAUGUUGAAACUAUCCGUCCAAACCUUCCUCUCAGCAACAAAGAAGUAAUUGACAUUGCUAGCAAUGAGGAUGAAGACACGGGUGAUACGAAUAUAAGCCAAGAAAAUCAGUUCGGUAUUGUACCGAGCCAAGGCACUACAGAUGAAGGAGAUGGUUUCUUUGGAUUUGGCACCAGACACCAUUCAUCUACAAGACUCCACGUGAUUCCGACUACUGAUGAUACUGGAAAUAUUUUUUCUCAUCAAAAGCAACAUGGAGCCAAAAACCCAUCUAAAGAAACUGCUAAAAAUCUCAAUUUACCACAAAUUAUUCUUGACCCUAUCCAUCAACGGGCAAGUGUUUCGGAUGGCCUCGAACAAAAACAACAUGGACAAGUAGGAUUUGUCGAUCAGUUCGAAAAUCAAGAUCGGAAUUCUUUUGAGGGGUUCCCAGAAGAUCCUGUCGCUAAAUUCGGUACAGAAUUCCAUGAUAACUUUCAAGACAGUCAAAAUGAUUAUGGAACAUUUCGCGACAUAAUUAAUGAUGAUAGUGAUUUUUCGAAUGAAGGUCAUUUUCCGAGAAUUUCGGAAGGAAUUGGUUUUUCUGACAAUGAUGAAUUUUUCGAUCAAAAUAGGUUCACAGACAAGGCUUUGUUAUCACAGACUGGAUCUUCUUUCGAUGAAUCAUUUUCACCAUAUCAAAAUAUUGACAAUUUUUAUAAUGAAGAGUUUGGGGGAGGGUUUGAAAAUUUUGAAAAUUUAGACAGCUCUGACAUUGCUGGUGGUGAAUUUUUCAACGAUGGAAAUGACUUUGAAGGAUUUUUUGACACCGAUGAGUCAGGAUGUGAAGGGAUCCAGACUCGCUCGUGUAGCGCAGACGUGCAGUGUUCGUGUUUGGGUCUGUAUUUCUGUAUAGAAGGAACAUGUGGCAUGAAGGCUGCUUUACCUAAUCGAGAUCACGGUGACAGUACUCAGAUGGAAGGAACAUGGCUAGACAUUCCACCACAGUUCCGAUAA